AUGUUGUCCUGCGGCCAGUGCGCUGCUGGCGGUCACACUCGGCGGGUCUUCGCUUCGGUUUCACGGUGUUGGUCCUCACCAUGUCGGUGACGGACCCGGUGCCGCCGUGUGGAGCAGCUGCCUCCGAUCCCGGUGACACGUCGAUCAUAUAGAUCCAUCAGAGGGAAGUUUACCUUCAGCGACCUGAGCUCUGAGGCGGAUUAUUGCACGGUGGCUGCUACGUCCACGCCAUGAUGCUUUGAGGCCGCUGCAUGAGGCAGCCCGGAUGAACAUGAUGGAGGAGGCUGCCAGUCGGCUCGAGCGAGACCAUGUGCACAGUGUCUAUGACAAGAUUGCUCCAUAUUUCAACGACAGCCGCUACAAAGCCUGGCCAAAGGUACGACAGUUCCUGCUGGACCUGCAGCCUGGGAGCAUCGUCGCUGACAUUGGUUGUGGCAACGGCAAGUAUCUCCACAUCAACGAGGAAGUGUUCAAGCUGGGAUGCGAUGUGUGUCGCCCCCUGGUGGACUUUGCCUGGAGCCAAGGACACGAGGUCCAGAUGUGUGACGGACUGCAUUUGCCUUACAGAGACGGCUGCUUCGACGCUGUACUCUCUAUUGCAGUCAUUCACCACUUGUCCACCAAAGAGCGUCGUAUUCGAGCAAUAAAGGAGAUGGCUCGCACCCUGCGAGUGGGUGGACGAAUUAUGAUCUACGUGUGGGCCAUGGAGCAGAAACGGCGGAAGUUUGAGAAGCAGGACAUCUUCGUUCCCUGGAACCCCAAUCCUCACGUGGCCUCUGGCUUCAACGGGGAGCACGUCAAACCCCGGAGGAGAGCGACAGCACAGAGUGUGAGCGAAGCCAUAGACAACACUGAAAAGCACAGGAAGGUUAGAAGCACAUCCUCUGUGGCGGACGAGGAAGAUCUGUCCCGCAGUGUGCCGCAGCAGAGGACUCAGAGACUGUGGUUCUUCUCCAGGUCUCUGGAUUCUGUGUUUGACUUCGGGAGCUUAGCCAUCUCCCGGUCGUCCUCCAGAGACCUGAGCACUUUAUCCUCCACCUCGGGCGAAAACGAGGGGAACAAGUCCAACCAGCGCGGGAGAGGACGAGGCCUCAUCAAACAGGUCUCCAGCUUCUUUUCCCCUCCGUCUGUGAUCGGAUCGGAGGAGGACGUCUUCGGCUCCGUCACAGACCUGCACAAGGGACAGAAAGAUCCCGGAGGCAACAACAACAACACCGGCACAGAAAACCAGAGCGUUGCAGUAUCUUUAGCCCAGGAGUGCGGCUCUUGGGCUCUGCCAGAUCUGGUCUCUUUGCAGCGGGAGCCCCUGAAGCAGUCUGAAGAUGAAAGAGAGGGAGGGCAGCAGGGAGAAGAGCAGCAGGGAAGCACACUGAGUCCUCAGGGGAGCGAAGGGCAGGUGGAAGGCUCCUGCCUGAGGUACUAUCACGUCUUCAGGGAGGGAGAGCUGGCAGAGCUCAUAGAGAAUCAUGUCGAAGAGCUGCACGUGAAACACGCCUACUUCGAUCACGCCAACUGGUGUGUGGUGGCAGAGAAAGUCCAGUUGUGGAAAAUCUGAUUUGAACUUGUUUACUUUGCAUUCCCUCUGCCUCAAAUUUUAGCACUGAGUCACACAUUUGAUUAUUAUUGCGUUCUCAUACUGGAGAAGUGUAGAAAUGUACAGAUGUAGCCAUUGUUGAAGCUACAGUUAACACUAAACUACUCCACUGCUGACAGUCUUUACCGAAAGUGUGAAUUUUAUUAUUUAAAUUUUUAUUUCAGGAGUUCUAGAACCAGCUGACUCACUGUAGUGUUUUAAUCGCUGUAAUAUUUCAGCACAGAGGAUGUUCAGCAAUGGCUCUAACUGUAUACUAUACCACAUUUUUAAAGUAUUUAUUCUAUUUCAAUACAUGAAGCCAACAAGCAGUAUCCAAAUCACCAGUGUGUUCUCUUUUGUCAGAAAUGAGUUUUUAAUAUUUUAUGUUUUUUCUAGAGCGAGCUCCAUGGCUGCGACUGAUUUUAGCUGUUUUCAAAGAACAUUUCUUUAAAGGAAAUGUUAGGAAAUGCACUGUUUUUGUCUUUGGGCUUUAAAUUUUAGCCUUAAGAUGAAUUAGAGAGGUUUUACAGUAUACAGUUUGAUUUGCUGUUAUAUGUUCAUAUGCGCUGAUAUCAGUGGAAACAUCUCAGUUUCGUCGUGUCUGCCUGCUUUACAAUCGCACGUUCCUUCCAAAUGUGCAGCAGAUAUCUGUCAGAGUUCUUAGUGAGGCUUUCUGUAAAGUGCUCAUGUGUAAUCUAUCACAACACUGUCGUAAAAAGAGCUCUAAGUUGUGCAGAAUAUCUUUCAAAACAUUAGUGCCAUUGUCGUCUUGUUUCAAAAAUCACGUUGCCAUCGUGUGCGUGUGUGUGCUCUCGAUGUUAGUAUUUGCAAUAGUUAUGUGUUGUCUUGUAAUCGGCUGAAUAUAUAACUUGUAUGUUUCAGCAAAUCAACUGCCUCAUAUACUGUGAAUAAACAUUGCACUGUACCACAAAUAUACCGCUGCUUGAUGUCAGUGAAUGACAUGAAAAUAGGUGACACUUGAAACAUUCUGGUUUUCUGUCCACAUCGUGCCACGGACGGUGCAUCUUCUCAUCAGUACAGUAUGUGUGGACCAACUGUGACAGCGGUACCUUAAUGUCUUAUGUGACCUGAUGUAAAUACUUUGAUUGUAGUUACUUUCCUUAUUAAACAUUUUUUGCUCA